UGGCGCAUUGAAGUGAACAGCAGCAGCUAUCGCACAGAGCGCUCCAGUUUUGUUCAGUAUUUUUGCCUAUCAAGAGUUCAGUGAGUGCAAUCCAGUGCAGCAUCCCCCCGGGUUCAAAACAAACAACACCGGUGACUUUGAGGAGUUGCGAACAAGUUAGUGGAAGUUUUGACUGUGAUUUCUGGUUCAGUUUCCUGUAAAUAGUGAAUCCCGUUCUUCAGUUUUUGGAGGACGAGUGAAAUUUUCCUUGAUCGUUGCUAUCGCUGGUACCGAAGUCAUCCAAAAUGGCGUCUGAGUGAUGUGAUGAAUUUCGUUGCUGGACAUUCAAAAUUCGAUUUUCGUGUUUGAAUGUUAAUAUUUUUAAUAGUUUUCAACGAAAUUGGACAGAUUAGCGCGGAUGUGAUAUUCCGGAAGCAAUCCCCCUCCUGCGGCAUCGAAUUUUGACCAGCUUUAUAAGGAAAAACCGCCUGGAAAUUAUCAUGAGCCAGUCGAAGGAGGAGAAAAGUGACUCGGAGAAUGAAUCCAACAGCGAGCACAGCAAAAGUGAUUCCGGGUCCGAGUCGGAAAGUGAAAGCGGUUCCGGUUCCGGUUCCCAGUCCAGCGGUUCCAGCAGCAGCGAUGAGGAGGAUCAGAACCGUCGAAGCAGUACCAACAACAGCAGCAGCGUGAACACCUCCACCCACAACGACAAUGCCCGGGAUGGCACCGAAGACAAACCGAAUGGUACCGCUUCCGGCGAUGAGGAAGACGAAGAAGAGGAUGCCGCCUCUAGCACCAAUCAGCACAAUUCGAGCAAAUCGGCUCCCGGUGAGGAGGAGGACGAGGACGAUGACGACGAUGAAGAAGAACAGGACGAUGACGAUUACGCGGAAGCAGCUCAGAAGAAGCAAAUAAAUCACAACAAUGCGUCUAACAACUCAAAAGCUCAGAGCAGUGAUCAUUCCGAAGGUCAUUCGGGAUCGGAGGAAAGUGGCGAUGAGCAGAACAGCGAAGCGAAAAGCUCCGAUUCGGAAGGAAGCGACAAGGCGAGUAAUGCCAGCGCAAGUCAGGAUGAGUCGGAACAAAGUCAAAACUCACCGGAAGAGGAGGAACAUUCGUCUAAAAGUAGUUACGAUGAUGAAGACUACGCGGCUAACAAACGGCGAAAUCAUGCCCGCAAUAAGAAAGCUGUCCUAGCUAGGCGCAAGGCCGCCGCUGCCAGUUCUACCCAGACAAAGAAAAAAGCGAAGAAAAGUCGCUGGAAGUCAGAUACUUCGGAUGAAGAAAGUGACAUGAGCGAGCCAGAAAGCUCCGAGGAAGAAGAACGUUACACUUCCAGCGGGCGACGGACAACGGCGCCAUCUUCGAAAAAGAGAACAGCUCCUGCGACCAAACCGAAAGCGAAAAGUGCGGCUGCGAAAAAGAAACGAGCUGCCUACUCUUCGGAUGACGAUAGUGAUGAUCACUCCCGGCAAGGUCGCAGUCGUAGAGCUACGGCUGUGAGCUAUAAAGAGGUGAGCGGCGAUGAACCAACGGACAGUGACGAUUUGCUGGAGGUUGACCAAGAGGCGGAAGAGGCAGCCGCAGCUGCUGCCAUCGAAGAUGAAAAGACUGAAACGAUCGAAAGGAUCAUCGGGCAGCGAAUAGGUAAAAAGGGAGCGUCCGGAGCUGUGACUACAGUUUAUGCCAUUGAUGAAAAUGGUGACCCGAACGAGGGAGUAGAUGUGACUGACGAGAAGGAAACUGAACCUCAAUAUCUCAUCAAAUGGACCGGUUGGUCAUACAUACAUUGCACGUGGGAAUCCGAGGAAACCCUCAAAGAUCAGAAAGUAAAAGGAAUGAAAAAAUUAGAAAACUAUAUCAAAAGAGAGAAAGAUAUAGAGUAUUGGAGAAAAUACCAAGCGGGUCCGGAGGACAUUGAUUACUACGAAUGCCAGCAAGAACUUCAACAAGAUCUCCUAAAAAGUUACUACAAUGUUGAACGAGUCAUAGCGCAGGUUGAAAAACCGGAAGGUGGAAAGGAUUACCUCUGCAAGUGGGAAUCACUGCCGUAUGCAGAUGCCACUUGGGAGGAUGCGGGUCUCAUAGCUAAGAAAUGGUUGCCGAAAAUCGAAGCCUUCCAUGAACGAGAGGAAAGUAGAAGAACCCCUUCAAAGCAUUGCAAAGCUCUUCGUAACAGGCCCAAGUUUCAUCACCUAAAAUCACAGCCAGAAUAUCUGGGAGAAGAGCGGGGCUUGAAACUUCGAGAUUAUCAGAUGGAUGGCCUGAAUUGGUUGAUUCUAACAUGGUGCAAAGAAAAUUCGGUUAUUUUGGCCGAUGAAAUGGGUCUUGGUAAAACAAUUCAAACCAUUUGCUUUUUGUACUAUCUAUACAAAGCUCAGCAGCUAUACGGCCCUUUCCUCUGUGUCGUGCCUCUGAGUACUAUGACUGCGUGGCAACGCGAAUUCGCUAUCUGGGCUCCGGAUAUGAAUGUCGUCACUUACUUAGGAGAUGUUGCGUCUCGGGAAAUUUUACGGCAGUAUGAAUGGUGCUUCGAUAAUUCCAAAAGGUUUAAAUUUAACGCUAUCCUUACCACUUAUGAAAUACUUUUAAAAGAUAAAACUUUCCUUGGUGGUGUAAGUUGGGCAGCGUUGUUAGUAGACGAAGCUCAUCGUUUGAAAAAUGAUGAUUCCUUGUUGUACAAAGCGUUGGAAGAAUUCGACACCAAUUAUCGUCUACUUAUUACCGGAACACCCCUGCAAAAUUCCCUAAAAGAACUCUGGGCACUGUUGCAUUUCAUCAUGCCUCAGACGUUCGAUUCGUGGGAUCUGUUCGAACGAAACUAUGGCAAUACCACAAACGACAAGUCGUACACCAAGUUGCACAAAGAACUAGAACCGUACAUCUUGCGACGGGUAAAAAAAGAUGUUGAAAAAAGUCUUCCAGCUAAGGUGGAACAAAUUCUUCGGGUUGAAAUGACUUCAAUUCAGCGACAGUAUUAUCGGUGGAUAUUGACGAAAAAUUUUGACGCAUUGCGUAAAGGUUUGAAGGGCUCAGCCGGUACUUUUCUAAACAUCGUGAUCGAAUUGAAGAAGUGUUGCAAUCAUGCUCUUCUGACACGACCGGAUGAAUUCGAAACGCAAACUUCCAAUCAAGAUGAUCGCAUGGUACAGUUGCUUAAAGGAUCUGGCAAAUUGGUAUUAUUGGAUAAAUUGCUUUGUCGGUUAAAGGAAACCGGCCAUCGAGUAUUAAUAUUUUCGCAAAUGGUGCGAAUGUUGGACAUUCUCGCUGAAUAUCUGCAGAAACGACACUUUUCCUUUCAACGGUUGGACGGAAGCAUCAAGGGUGAGAUUCGAAAGCAAGCACUAGAUCAUUUUAACGCCGAGGGCUCUACGGAUUUUUGCUUCUUGUUAUCGACUCGAGCUGGAGGAUUAGGAAUCAAUCUCGCCACUGCCGAUACGGUUAUAAUCUUCGACUCAGAUUGGAACCCUCAGAAUGAUCUCCAAGCUCAGGCCCGAGCACAUCGUAUUGGUCAAAAAAAUCAAGUCAACAUCUAUCGACUGGUAACGGCGCGUUCUGUAGAAGAAGACAUUGUUGAACGAGCGAAAAAGAAGAUGGUUUUGGAUCAUUUGGUCAUUCAGCGAAUGGACACUACGGGUCGCACAGUACUUGAUAAGAACGGAGGUAGCAACACGAGCAAUCCGUUCAAUAAAGAUGAACUGUCAGCAAUUCUAAAAUUCGGUGCCGAGGAAUUGUUUAAAGAAGAUGAAGGAGGGGAGAACGAUCUGGUUUGUGAUAUUGAUGAGAUUCUUAAAAGGGCUGAAACAAGGGAUGAGGCUCCGGAAAUGCCAGGAGAUGAACUGUUAUCGGCAUUCAAUGUUACGACGUUCGAUUUCGAUGAAGAAAAAGAGACACAAAAUGCCAUCCGAAGGCCAAUGAAAGGAGGUCCAUCUGCAGCAGAACAGGAUAAUGAUACUAAAGAUUGGGAUGAUAUUAUUCCGCAAGACUUACGAGAAAAAGUAGAGGCUGAGGAAAGAGACAAAGAGUUGAAUGAACUCUAUCUUCCACCUCGAAGGAAAACCUUGCAACAAUUAAAUCAAGCUAAUGAAGAGGGAACUGGUAGUGGUAAAAAACGCAAAAAGCAGCAAACAGAAGAAGAUAGUGACGACGGUUCGGAUGCUAGCGAUGAAGGAAAAGCAGGAGGCAAGAAAGCUAGUAGUAGAGGCAGGCCAUCAAACAAGGAAAAGAUAACCGGCUUCACGGAUACUGAAUUAAGGAGGUUUAUCAAGGCAUACAAAAAGUUUCCUGCCCCAUUAAAACGCCUGGAAGCCAUAGCUAUGGAUGCUGAACUUCAAGAGAAGCCACUAUCAGAACUCAAGCGAGUUGGUGAGUUGCUACAUGAGAGAUGCGUUCAGUUUAUGGAACACUCAAAAGAAAACGAAGACAAAGAAAAGAAUUUCGCUGACGAUAAAACCAAAAAAGGACCUCGAUCGGCUUUCUCGAUUAAAUUUGGUGGUGUUUCGUUCAAUGUGAAAACUUUGCUGCAAUGCGUCGAAGAACUACAACCGCUAGAUGAAUUCCUUCCUGUAGAUCCAGAUGAACGUGCCAAAUGGGUGUUGAAUAUUAAAACUCGUCCUGCCAACUUCGACUGCCCCUGGGUUAGCGAAGAUGAUUCGAAUCUGCUGCGAGGAAUCUACCAGCUGGGAAUUGGUUCCUGGGAAGCCAUGAAGCUGGAAGAUUCUUUGAAUCUCGGUGACAAAAUUCUCCUGAACGAUGUUACUAAAAAACCUCAAGCCAAGCAUUUGCAAUCUCGGGCGGAGUACUUGUUGAAAAUAAUAAGGAAGAAUCUCGAACUGAAGAAAGGAAUGAACAAGAAACCUCGUAAGCAACGAAAACCUCGUGGAGAAGGAAAGGCUCUUUCUGCGGCUAUCGUCCAUUCGCCGACAGCGUCUCCCAGUCGUACGGUGAAAGACGAAAUGGACAUUGGCAAUGACGCAUCUUCCGCAUCGGAGGACAAAAGAACAGCAACACCUGCAUCGUCAAAGCACAAAAAAGCUUCCGAAUCUGAUUCGAUUCAUGAUCAUGAUACUAAUUCUAACGGACCCAAAGAAAGCUCAAAAUCGACGAAAGAAAAGAAAGAACGCAAGAAAAAAGAAAAAGCUAAACCUACUAAAAAGGAAAAGAAAAAGGAUGUUGACCCUCUACACAUUGCUUCAGACAAUGAACCUGGUGCUUUAAACGUCAUAAGUGAGCUUGACCCAAAAGUGUUUAACGAAUGCAAGGAAAAGAUGCGUCCAGUAAAAAAGGCUCUAAUGACAUUGGGCAAUCCUGAUGAGACGCUUCCGCCGCAGGAACAAGUUAAUCAAACCAGAUCCUGCCUGCUCGCCAUUGGUAAUCACAUCGGCCAGUGUUUGUCGGCUUACAAGAGCCAGGAAAAGAUUAAAGAAUGGAGGAGUAAUUUAUGGAACUUCGUGUCCAAAUUCACUGAAUUUGAUGCGAAGAAACUGUUUAAAAUCUAUAAGCAUGCUUUGAAACGUUCUGAAGGAGAUGACGGUGGAAGUGCGGAUAAAAAGAAAGACCACCACCAUCACCAUCAUCAUUCGAAGGAUGUUAGCCACAGUUCGCCGGUAAAAGAAGCCAAAGAAAAGACCCCGAAAAAGAGUCCUGGUGCCCCUCAAGCGCUACAGACACUUGGCAAAAUAAAGAAAAUCAAAAGAAAAGAUGGCGAGAAAGCCAAUAUUCCGAUGACGAUUAGUACACCGCUAGCAGAUCAGGAGAAAGAAAAGCCCAUCAGUAGUAAUCGAAGAGAAAAGGAGAAAAAACGCCAGCUUGGAGCAACUGGUACUCCUGAUCGGGGAGCUACAACAAAUGAGGGAGAUCCCCGUAGGGAUCGAGACAGAUAUUUGGGCCAUGAUGGUGCAGAAGACGGCGGAAGUCCCCACGGGGUCAAGAGGAGGCUGGAAGAAGGAGAACUGGAGGAGGAUAGUAAGGAGUACAAACGGUUGCAUGGGGAUGGAAGAAACAAUCGCGAUCGUGACAAAAAAUGGGAUGAUUACAGCGAGCGAGAUCGUGGAGCUCGCGCUGGAGUGGGACGAGGUGGACCUCACGGAGCGCAAGCGAGUAUGCGUGGCGGCGGAAUAUUCCCUGAUGCAGGGAGGACCGGGGCACCUUAUCCAGACGAUCGAUACAGUGGACGAGACAGGUUCAGUGAUAAAAGAGAUCGUUAUGAAGGUUAUGGUAGACAUCCACCCACUGGCUAUCAUCGAGAUCACAGGGAUCGAGAUCGUGGCGAACGGCCCUAUAAAGACCAGCGAAGGUAUCCAGCACCUUCAGGAUAUCCAAACAAUCAUUAUGGCAUGCCCCCGGGAGGUUACUACCCUCAGGGUGAAAGUCCCUACCGUUAUGGUGCUGGCUAUGAUCGAGGUGGGGGAGGCGGAAUCAGUGGUUCAGGACCCGGCGGGGUCGACGCUUUCAUGGAUUACCGAGGGGGUGGUGGAAGUGGAUCUGGUGGAGGGCGGGGUGAUCGUCGAGCCCCACCAGCCAAUACUUAAAAGCUUCCUCCCUCGUCCAAGGACCAUUCUAAAAAAAGCCACAAACGGUAACAGGACCGUGUCUCUGAAGCUGUGCAUAUUUAGCUGUAAUAUAGGCAUUAUUCAAUUUAUCUGAGUCUAAACCAAUGAUGUGGAGACUGUCGGAACCCUUAAAUGCUAUAUAGAAAGGAAUAUAUAGCGUUAUCGGCGUUUUCUACAAACUCAGACGAACUUAGUGUACAGAUUGUCGAAUUAGGUUUUUUUUUUAUUACGAAUUAGUAAUGUUUUAAGUAACCUGUUGUAAUUUAUUAAGUUGCUAACAUUUGUGAGAAACAAAAGAUGCUCAUUAAUAUUUACAAUAGAGGAUUUGUUUUACUUUUCUGUAUUAUAAUUGAAAACGCCUCAUGGAACAAAACCUAUUGUCGUGUAUAAGUUCGAUGUUCAUACCUCAAUUUUCGUCCUUUUUAGUUAAGACUAGUUUCGAGUGAGCUACAAACACCUUCAACAGAAACUAUCCGGGAUAAAUGAUCAAGAAGCAUUUCCUCUGUAAGUCAGUUUUUUGGAAUUGUUCUUUAUGAAACAGGACAUAGAUUGUCUCUAGUUUGGAGUACCGCAUGCGGAAUUUGUACAUUAUUGUAAAAUAAUCGCGAGUGUGUUUUGGUAAAUAGGAGAGAAUUAGAUCCUACGGGGACGAUAAGAAGUAUCUGAGAUCAAAGUGCAGGAAAAGGGUUCGCGUGACCACAAUUAUUUUGAAUACGUGUGUGACUGCGAGAAAGACUGUCGUUUCUAAACGCUGAUGCAUAGGCAACAAUUAGGUUAAAUUUUAAUUUAUGAUAAUUAAUCGAUCGUCGAUACAAAAGUCUAUUUUUAAAACCAACAAAAGAAAGUUUCUUAUUGUCCAGACACAUUCUUUCUCUACAAAAGACAGUAAUCUUAUCAGGAAGUAAAACAAGGCUUAAAGCAAUUAUUUAAAAACAUGAGGUGUUAAAUUAUUUCGUCGAACAAAAUCCAACACUAUUAGAAUCAAGAACAGACACUUGUCGAAUAAUCAAACGUUAUUCGGAACCAAUACUUUCUUCUCGACUGCUAUGGAAUUGUGCGCAAUAUCAUCAAUGAUUCAAAAUAAAACAAAUGAAAUUAA